CAGGGUAUAAGUAGGGCGGCGCGGUGGGGCGGGGAGCGCAGCGGGGCAGAGCAUCUCGGGUCCGCCGGGCCGCGCCAUGGCGCCCUCGUUCCGGCCCGGCAAGGGCCGCCCGCCUCAGGACGGGGCCGAUAGGAAGACAAGGAAGCCGCUGGUGGAGAAGAAGCGCCGGGCGCGGAUCAACGAGAGCCUGCAGGAGCUGCGGUCGCUGCUGGCCGACAGCGAGUUUCAGACGAAGCUGGAGAACGCGGAGGUGCUGGAGCUGACGGUGCGGCGGGUGCAGGCCGUGCUGGAGCGCCGCUCGCUCGGUGAGUGCCGGCGGGGCGGCGGAGGGGCCCGGCGGGGCCCGGCCCCGAUCUCAUGCUGCUCCCUUCUCUGUCUCCCGCGGCGCGCAGAGGGCGGGCGGCUGCACCGUGAGGCCAGCGAGCGGUUCGCUGCCGGGUACAUCCAGUGUAUGCAUGAGGUGCACACCUUCGUGUCCAGCUGCCCCGGCAUCGACGCCACCACGGCUGCCGAGCUGCUGAACCACCUGCUGGAGUCCAUGCCCCUCAGCGACGGCGGCUGCCCGGACUCGGUCACGGACCCUGGGGCAGAUCCCACCGCGCUCAGCCUCUCGCUCGGCAGCGAGGCGCUGGCCCCGGCCCUCCCUGCCUUGGCACCCUCGCCCUCUCCCAGCGAAGAGACCUGCUCCGACUCGGACGAGGCGGAAGCCGAGCCGGGCCAGACCUCUACUGAUGGACUGGAUGCUUCCCAGACGCAUGGCCUACCUUCGCCUUGCUUACCCAAAUCCAUGUGGAGACCGUGGUAAGGGAAGGGUACGCAGGAAUCGGCGCAGAUCUGCCUAGCGGGGAGAGCAGCCGGGCACCGUGCUGCCCUAUGGCACUCUGAGCAGCGCGAGGGACUGCCGGCCGGCAUCGCUGCACUUCGGGACUGCAUCAGCGGCACUCUUAACGCUGCUGUCAGGCCCUGACAGGCUAAUAGCUAAACGUGUUAACAUUUCAUCCGUGUGCGUGUGUGGCGUUUUGUAACUUUAGGGGGUGUUUUUAUGAGGUUGGGGGAGGGGCGGGGUAAGGGAGUUGGUCUUUAGUAGCAAAGCUCUUUGGUGGAUACACAGCAGUUAUUUUAUAACCCUGUUUCUUGGCCCUUAUAAGUGGCCCUGAAAUCACUGCCCUUUUCUUAAGAAAAAGCCCUUGUGCAUCUUAAAUCAUGAUGGUUAACUCCAUGAGAAGCUUGGGUCUGCAUGCACAGUUUUAAGUGUUUUAGUGAUAGCAAAGACCCCUGAAAGGGGUUGGUGUGGUUAGCAUCUGUCCUUGGUAGCCUAGAGUCCCACCUUCAGUGGAGGAAAAGCUUAGAGACCUGGUGGAAUUAGGCAAACAUAAAAGAUACCGGUGGCAGGGUGCUUUUUAGAGAUGAGUGUCUUUAUGCACAUUUUGCUUUUAGCACAGUUGAGUUUAUUGUGACUUUUUGUAUAUUAGGGUGUCAAAUGUUUUUUAUUUUUAAUCUUUAAUAAAAAAUACUGAAUUCACAACUGAUGCCAGGUGUUCUGCGGUCUGAUAUACUUCUAACUGGCUUAAAAGUACAGUUUCCUAUCGCCUACUAAUAAAUGUGUGUAUUAUGGAAACAAUGCUGGCAAUUAAGCACUUAAUUCCUGUACUAAGCAUUGUUAGCUCAACUGUUUGAAUUCAAAUGUUGCUUUUGUUUAAUCCUCGAAGACACUUAAAUUACUGCAAUGAACAAGGUCACACUGACAGAAGGUGGAUUUAAGGCCAUGGGUUUUUCUGGGCUAGCGUAUCUGGAUGUCAGUCUCAAACCUACUGUACUUGAUCUUCCUUCUGAAGGUGUUGCUCAUGCACCUACACAGCCCCUAACUUAAGAAGUGCUAGGCACAUCCUGCCCUGGGGCAUGGCUUCACAGAGGUUGGGGAGUUAUUUUGGUUGUUAGGAGUUUGGUUGGGUAUUUCUGGUUGGUUUUGUUUUGUCUGUUGAAUACAAAGUGAAAUAGAGUGCAGUGGAUUUGUGAAGUGUUGAAAGCCAUGUUUCUUGGGGGGUAGGUGGGGGACCCUCAACAUUUUUGUAUGUGGAGUUUGACGUUUCCCCAGUUCCUGCUUUUUGGGGGGUGCCAGCUUAUUUGUGCUGUGAUAAUACCUUGCAGAGAGCUGACAUUGUAAAGAAAAAAAGGAUUGUAGAGUUGCUUAAUACAUGGAAGUUCCCAAACACAGGACAAGCAAGAAAAGGAAGCAACCCAACUACCAAGGGACUAGACCUGUAACUCUGUUUUGUUAACAACCCUCUGGAACAACAAAAAUGGAAACGAAGAUAUUGUUAA